CCAUUUUCAGGAAUAACAAUGAAUAAUUUCGAAGACAAUCACCAGAAAGGUCCGCCAUCAUAUGAGGCAACAGUCGGCCCAAACACAAACAAUGGAAUAUUACAAACAGCAGGAAAUUUCGGGCCUUUUCCACCAGCACCACAACCAUCUAGUAAUCCUGCAUAUAUGCCACAGACCGUCAGUCCUAUAUUACCAAAUUCUACGAUGUACUCAGAGCCACAUGCGGUACCAGUUAUUGUUGGUGUGCCAGUUUUUGGACCACGUUCCUGUACAAUGACUUGUCCCAGUUGUAAUAAAGCUAUUGUUACGGAAACACAUACGCAUGCCGGUUUACUAGCAUUCACGAUUUGUGGAAUACUGCUGCUUUUUGGGUGCUGGCUUGGUUGCUGUUUAAUUCCAUUCUGCGUUAGGGAUUGUUUGGAUGUGAAUCACAUUUGCCCCAACUGCAAAAUAUUACUGGGAUUUUACAAAAAAAUCUGAGAGACAGGACAAACAGGAACAGCUUCUGGAUCGAAUCGUACAGGUGGUCAUGAGGCGGAAACUUUGUGAAAUGAUUAAUUGUUGCUUUUUUAAUGUUAAAGCAACACCUAGAUUUUUUUUCUUUUUCCAUUAUAAUUACUUUUAAUGUUUUUCUUCUAUAUAAUUUUUCUUUAUCAACAUUCUUUUUAAUGGAAUCGUGAAAUAACGUCUUGAAUUUUGUAACGCUCAAGCGAGCAGUGUAUGAGUUACGUUUCCUUCCGAUUUUUCCAGAUUGUUGAUGCCUUUAACUUCUCUCUACUGUGGAUAAUGAUGGUGCAGGUAAUACGUGACUGUAUUUCGGCGAUAAGAUGUUGAAGCAAAAAAAGUUGAACUGUAUGCAGGCUUUUGAGUAUGUUAUCUAAAGCUAAGACAGUGAUUGCUGAUGCUGUUGUCCGGAUAAUCUGGUUACUUAGAAUAGCAGCAGUUAGGUUUGAUUAUGAUGGAAGUUUGCUUUCAUUACCUUACAUAUUAUACAUAUCAAAUGUGUCGCAACUUUUCAUGUGAAAUUAGUUAAGUUAAUCCAUCGACUUCUGUUAACA